AUGCAGCCAUGCAAGUUAGUUGUAAGGUUCUACUUUAGAUUCCAUCAAUCCGCUUCCUUUGCGGUAUUUCAUUGGGGUGUAUGGUGUGUACCAUACCAACAACAAGAUGUCGAUAUGCAUUCAACACAUUUUAGAUAUGGUACUAUUCAAUGGACCAAUGGGGCUAAUUCAUGGGCAUUUACCAUUCGUGCCAAUAUUGCAUUUAGAUACUCAUACUUUAAACAAGUAUAUGGAGUCAACCCUGUAGUUGGUGACACUUUUACCUAUGACACUUUAUUAGUAGGAUACACCUAUGAUGAUUGGUUAUUUGGUGAUUCUUAUUAUGAAGAAAAAUAUUAUGCUGAUUUUACAAUUGAUCAUAUUGAUCCAGGAGCAGAUUGGUUAACAGCCUAUUUAUUCGAAACAUAUACUUAUCCAUCUGAUUGUAUUCCAUCGUAUGGAUCAAAGAUUGGAUAUUAUGGAGGUGAUCGUUUGGUCAAUCUCAAUAACAAUGCAGAGGGUAUGUGGUUGGUUUGGAUGUCGGUUCCAUUUGGACUUUCAACCACCAAGUAUUCAUCUUCACCAGUCUCUGGUAUGUUGCCUAUUGUGCCAGCCUACUUUGGUAAAGUUAACUCGAUCCCAGUGUUGGCAUCGCACAACCAAUCGCCCACCAAGCUAAAGUACACCAUGUCGACCUGGUCUGGCAUGACCCAACCCCCUCAAAUGUCGGUCGAUGCCAACUCUGGUAUCAUCACAUACAAUCCAACCGCACUCGGUCUCUGGAGCACCCAAAUUGUCGUCUGUGAGACACUCGGUGUCAUUUCAUGCACGACCAUUGAUUUCUUGAUCAAUGUGACCAAGCCCAUCGUCACACCCGACCUCCCACCCUACUUUGUCACGCCCCCAACCCCUGCCGUCAACUCGUACGUCGACUUUACCACCGGUAUCGCCUCGUCGUUCCAACUCAAGGGUGUGUCGCCCCAGGCCACCUCCACCGUCUCCAUCUCCACCGCUGCCUUCCCCAUGGCCGGUCUCAAAGAUUCCAAGGGUUUGCAACUCGCCGGCGGUGUCUACAACUUCUUCCUGCGUGUCACAACAUCGGUCUGUGGAAAUGGACAACAACUACCCGAUGGAACAUGUAUUUGUGAUGCUGGAUGGGUCGGUACCCAAUGCAACCAAUGUGCUCCCGGCAACUACGGUCCAACCUGUCUGCCAUUACCCCCAUGCGUCAACGGCCAAUCAAAUGGCGGUCCAUACGGAGACGGCAAAUGUGUGUGUAGUCCAGGCUGGCAAGGAGCAGCUUGCAACAUUAGUUCAAGCGCCCGUUGUUCCGACACUGCCCCAAGUGCCAUCAUCACCCAGACAUCGUCGGGAUCGAGCUCCGUCUCUCCAGACUAUGUCCAAGCAUCGCUGGCCGUCUCUGCCACUGCACUCCAAGUGCCACUUGCCCUACUCAACAAGUUCACCAUCCCCGCCGAGGUAUUCAUCAUCUAUGAUCUCUCUACGACCGCUGCCAACAAUGCCCGUUACAAGCAGUUUAUCAGUUCGUUUACCAACUUUAAAUCAUACUUUGCAACCAAGCGUGAGACUGUUAAUUUUGGUCUCGGAACAUUCUCUGAUUCCGCCACUCAAUCCAACACCUUCCAAUUGGCUGCCAACUUUAUGCCAGAUAUUGGUCCCACCCUCAAUUCCCUCACUUUGUUGACUGGUAACCCAUCAGCCAACAUCCCAUACAACGUGUUGAUUGAUGCCAUCCCAAAGAUUGGGUUCUCCAACUCUGGUACUAUGAAAAUGAUCUAUCUCGUCACCGACAAUAACAUUGCCCCAACCGACAACACUCUUAUCACCAACCUUGUCAAUGCAUUAAACAAUCGUAACAUCUUACUUGGUGUGUUUGCACUCGACUCUGUCUCGUCCUAUGCUCCAUUGUUUGCUGCUGCCGGCGCUGGUUCUGCUUACGCAUGGCCAGCAACCUCUGCCACUCCAUGGUUCAACUUGUUCAUUGACAAUAUCUACACUCCAAUGAUUACCAAUAUCGUAGUAAAGGUCCGUUCAGAUCUCACUGGACUCGUGUCGAUCCCACCUCCAAGUCCAUCAACUACUACCACCUGGUACACUACUCUCUUGUUGCCAACUCCAGCCCCCACCACCCUCUCUCCACAAGUCCAAAUCAAUGUUGUUGGUUUUGACAGACAAACCAUUGCCGUUGCCAUCAACCAUGCUCCCACCACCGCAUCGGUCCAAUUUACAAACACUGAAGACACUUCCUAUCCAUUUGCCAUUGUAGGUGCCGAUAUUGACCAAAAUCCACUCACCAUUGCCUUGACCCAACUCCCAGCACUCGGAUCGAUCCAAAUCAACGGUGUCACCAUGGUUCUCAACACCCAAUACACUCUCCCAUCAUCAUCGACCAAUGCAUUCAAGUUUGUUCCCAAUGCCAAUGCCAACGGAAAUGAUGUCGCCUUGUUUGCAGUAUCCGACGGUUGUUUGGCUGCCAAUGGACAGAUCACCAUCCAAAUCACUCCAUCCAACGAUCCACCAACCUGUCAAGCCGCUUUGGUAUCAACCGACCAAAACACAGCCAAGCCAUUCACCCUUGCCGUCACCGACGUUGACUCUACCGGCUUGACUGUUGAAUUCUCGUCGAGCUCGGUCAUUCAAACUCUUGGAUCCAUCACUACUGGUGGCUCUGCCAUUGUCGACGGUACCAAGUACCCAUCUGGCAGUUCAUUCACCUUUACUCCAUUCCUCAGUGCCAAUGGAUCGGCCACCUUCCCAUUUGUCGUUCGUGAUGAACUCAUGUCCUCGCAAUGCUCAGUGACCGUCCAAGUUGUCCGUGUCAACGUGGCACCAACCCUCUCUGUCCAGUCUCCCAUCAAUAUGAUUCCAGACUCCACCCAAUACAUCCCAUUCACGGUGACUGACCCCGACAACUAUGAGACGUUGACUGUCACAAUCACAGCUGCCAACCCAGUCGGUGGUGCAUUCUUUGGACCCCAAGGAGAAGCCCUUACUGGACCAUUCCCAAUGGUUAUCGGUGCCUAUGAUGUCUCCUUGACCCAUUCUGCCAUGAACAACCUCUCGUAUCACUCUGCCAACAACCAAGAUACCGGUGUAUCCAUUACUAUCAGUGUCUCUGAUACUAGUAAUGCCGUCGAUGCUGAGACUGUCUUGAUCCUCAUCACUGGAAACAGAACCAACUCUGCUCCAUCUGCCACUCCAGUCGGACCCAUCGUACUCGACCAAGAUACACUCUCCUCUACAUUCCUCUUGAAUGGUACUGAUCCAGAUCAAACCAAGUAUGAUAAUAUCUUGGAUAUUGUCAUCUCAUCGUACCCAUCCAAGGGUGUAUUGGAAACACCAACAGGCACUGCCCUUGUCACUCCACUCAAGACUGCCCUCUCUGUAGUGUAUGCCCCCAAUCCCGGAUGGUUUGGUGAUGACCAACUUACAUUCUAUGUAGUCGAUAGUCUUGGUGUUGCAUCUUCUCCACAAACCGUUCUCAUCACUGUCAACCACGUCAAUCAUGCUCCAGUCAUCUCUGCAUCCGAUGUGUUUGCAACUGGUCAACAAGGUCAAUGGUUGGAUGCCCCCAUCACCAUCUCUGCCUCUGAUAUUGAUAAUGAUGUCCUCACUGUCUCGGUCACUGCCCUUCCAUCAUCUGGCUCCAUUAAAAAUUCAGAUGGUCUUGUUAUUUCAACCGUUCCAACUGCCAUUUCCAACUUGUCCAUCACAUAUUCUCCAUCGAGUACUGUGUACUACAACUUUAUCCAACAAUAUACCGUUCAAGUAUGUGAUGAUGACACUCCAUCACUCUGCUCGUCUGCAUCGGCCAACAUCCACUACACCUACACCAACUCUGCUCCCACUGGUGAGGAUAACAAGGUGACCACCUCACAAGACGUCCCAGUCAACUUUACAUUGGCCGGCACCGACUUUGAAGACGGAUCCAAUGUCCUCUUUACCAUUGUCUUGCUCCCAUCGGAUGGUCGACUCUACACCCAAGACGGUCUAUUGAUUGACUCUACCACACAAACCUUUACCAACCCCAACCUCCACUAUGUCCCAGCUGAAGGUGUAUCCAACAUGGACACUCCAGGCCAACAAGGACCAGUCGAGUCAUUCUACUACUCUGUCAUUGACCAAAAUGGAACUCUCUCAUUAAACUACAACAUCCAAGUGUUUAUCAUCCCAUUCCGUCCACCCACCUACCACGGAGACACCAACUUUACCACGCUUGAAGACAACUCGCUCAGUAUCAGUCUCAAUGCCAUCUCUCAAUACGGUGACCCCAAGUUCUUUAUCGAGUUUAUGAGUGCUACAGCUGUCGGCAACCUCACCUACACUAGUUGUCCAAAUGACGGUACCUGCUCACAGGCUCCACUUGUUCAAGGUGUCCGUUUCAUCGGCCCACCAUUCACCGUCGACUAUAGUCCAGCUGCCGAUGCCUUUGGUCCACAAUUGGCCACCUUUUCGUUUAGAUUUAUUGACUCCAACACGUCCGAGGUGAUCACUGCAACCGUCGAUGUUGUCCCAGUCAACGAUCCACCCUACAUUCAACCAAUCACCAUUUCAACCGACCUUGGAACCAUCCAAAUGGGCAGUCUCUUGUCCAUGCCAAUGAACAGUACUGCCUUGUUGGUGUUUAACGCCUCGGAUAUUGAUUCGCCAUACUCGUCACUCUUGGCUCGUCUCCGUACCCAAGCCAAGGGUUCAAUGCUCAGCUACGACGGUCAACCAACCCCAACCAACAACAGCGUCGUCAUUAACAAGGGAGACAUCAUCCCAAGAUCAGCCGAUGGAUUGUGGAGAAUGUUCUAUCAACCAACACCAGGCCGUAACGGUAUUGGUUACGACGCCAUCUCGUUUGCCGUCUAUGAUGACAAGGAGUUGAUCUCACCAUCCUACUCGUUGCGUGUCAAUGUCAACCCCAUCAACCUUGCUCCAGUCGUCUCGGUCAACCAAACCCACUGGAACCUCAAUGCCAAGACCACCAGCACCAACAUUAUCGGUAUCACUGUCGACGACCCCGACUCGCUCUACAACAACAUCUCCUUUACCCUUGCCCUCGCUCCAGAAGGAUCGAUCGAGUUGCCAUACUCCAAGAACUCGCCCAACUGUGAUUUCAGCACACCCUCCAAUGUCACUUGUACCGCUCCAAAGGGUACCCUCAACACCUUCUUGACCAUGAUCCGUCUCAAUUUCACUCUGACCGAGGAUGCCAACUACACACUGACCGUCACAGUCAGCGAUCUUGGGUACAUGGGUGGCAAUGUCUUGACCGACCAAAAGACAGUAGACGUCUCUAUUCUCCCAUCGGCCAUUUCCAAGACCAAGAAUAAUACAGUCGUAUUGGCAGCAUCCAUUUCGGCAGCAGCUGUUGCAGCAGCCCUCAUUGCACUUGGUGUCUGGAGAUUGAUCAAAUCAAAGGCUCCACCAACAGACGCAUUCUUUGGUGACUCUCCAUUUGCCGAUUCAAAUGUAUCAUCUAAUCCUCUCUACCAAGAUAGUGGUAGAUCUGGUGUUAAUCCAUUAUAUCAAGAUAUUAAUUAA